AUGCCGAAAGCCACGUCGGGCGCCGAUGCGCGCCAUGCCCGCCGCCACAAUCCGCUCACCGAGGACUAUGCGCCCUCCAACCCGCUGAAGCAAAAGGCCGCCAAGAGGAAGAAGACGCGCUCUGAACACGCGGACGAACAGGGCUAUGUCGACUCCAAGGCCUCGCAAAAAAUUCUGAAGAUUGGUCAAGACUUGGCGGAGGAAGAGGAGGCCGAGUUGGAGGCCCGCCGCCCGAAGCAGCCGAACCCAGCAUUCAAUUUUGAUACCCGCUUCCAAGAUGGUCCUGAGUCGGAUGAGGAUGAGAUCGCGUAUGGGGAAGAUGAUGACGCAUGGGGCGACGAAGACGACGAGGAAAUUGUCGAGGAAGUUGAGAUUGACCCUAACGAUCUUGACAUGUUCAACAAGUUCAACCCUACCUCGGACCCUUCACAUCUGUUCAACCCUGGAGCGUCAGAGGAGCAAGCAGGUGGUACCAACUUGGCAGCUUUGAUUCUGGAGAAAAUUGCCGAGAAGGAAGCCCAGGAUGCUGCUGCCGGCGGUGAUAGUCCCCGCUACGUUGGUGGAGGUGACCCCGAAGACGCUAUCGAGCUUCCUGCCCGCGUUGUUGAGGUUUACACUCAAGUCGGUCUGAUCCUUUCUCGGUGGAAGUCUGGCAAGCUUCCCAAGCCCUUCAAGAUUCUCCCCACCCUCCCCGAGUGGGAGACUUUGAUCUCGAUAACCCGCCCCGAAUCGUGGACUCCCAACGUUUGCUACGAGGCUACCAAGCUUUUCGUCUCCUCUCAACCCCACACCGUCCAGACCUUCCUCAACACCAUUCUCCUCGAACGUGUGCGCUCCGAUAUUCACGACUCUCCUCAGAAGAAGCUGAACGUGCACUUGUACAAGGCUCUCAAGAAGGCUCUGUACAAGCCCGCCGCCUUCUUCAAGGGAAUCCUUUUCCCCCUCGUUUCCGACGGCGACUGCACGUUGCGGGAGGCACACAUUGUCGGCAGUGUGCUGGCCAGGGUUUCGAUUCCGGUGCUCCACUCUGCCGCCGCCCUGCACAGACUUUGUGAGAUUGCUGCAGAGCAAAUGUCGGUCAACACGUUCAACGGCGGUGCCACCAACAUCUUCAUCCGCGUCCUGCUUGAGAAGAAGUACGCUCUUCCCUACAAGGUCAUCGACGCCCUGGUCUUCCAUUUCCUGAGGUUCAAGAACUCAAACUUCUCCGCCGACGGUACCAUGGAGCUUAUCUCGGAAGGCAACAUCGCCGAACAGCGGGCAGGAGAGGGCAGACUACCCGUCCUGUGGCACCAGUGCCUUCUCGCUUUCGCGCAGCGCUACAGAAACGACGUUACCGAGGAUCAGAGAGAAGCGCUUCUCGACUUGUUGCUCGUCAGAGGGCACAGGGCGAUCGGUCCUGAAGUGAGACGAGAGCUUCUGGAGGGUCGUGGCAGGGGUGUGCUGGUGGAGCCCGAGGUCGGAAACGGAGGUGAUGAUACCAUGAUGAUCGUUGACUCCUAG